AUGUCAAAGAACGAUAACGAGCGGCUGGCAUAUAUAAAAGUGGAGCACAACCCAAAAUACCUAUUACAAUUAACACAGUAUAAAAAUGGAAAGUUAAGGAUCUUCUUCACCUGCUAUAUACAGCCCAGUAUAGCUAUCCCGCCCAGUAAAGCUAUCACUUGGAGAUCCAACCCCUUCUCUGCCCCGAAACGAGCUAGUCGCCAGAGUGUGACCAAACUCUACUUUUUUUGUGUAACUCACCGAUGGGGAGCACGCCUCUGUCACCCGGAGCACAGCAGCACCGCGGGCAGGUCGUUACGGUCCCACCCAGCGGGCCGGCCCCGGGCUGGUUUCGGGUUCCUGGAGCCCCCCCGGCACCGUUUCCCCCCCCCCCCCCCGCACCCCGGGACACGCCGAAAGAGAACGGGCCGGCGGUUGGAUCGGUCGUGGCGUCACGGAGAAGCUUGCUGGCGUCAGCUUGGGUGUGACGUCGAUCGCCUCAGCUCACAACCGUCCUCUCCUCUCCUCUCCUGUCCCGUCCCGUCCCCCCGGCGGGGCUGCCCCCCUUUCAGCCCGCUCCGCCCGGCCAAGGCCGUCCUCUGCGCCCCGGCCCGACCGGAGCGUUACGGGGCGGCUGCGGCGGUUUUUUGGCUUCCCCACCACGCAGUCGCCGACCUCCUGUGGAAGCUUGUCAGGCCCACGGCGUGCCCGAGCCCGGCGGUGCCCUGCGAAGAGGCCGCGCAGCCUCGCCGGGCCCCCCCUCAGCCCGACCCGGCCCGGCCCGGCCCUCCCCGCCCGCCCGCCCGCCUCCAUUUUCUAACCGAGCCCCACAAGGCGACGAGGCCCGAGGAGGCGCCCAGCCCCCCUUCCCCCGCGGCUCCUCCGCUCCUUUUCUCCUCCCGUCCCGGUGCUUUCUGCGGCUGGCUGCCCUCACUCACCGCGGGGAGGGGACGGGGGUCUCGCCGCCGCCGCCGCCGCCGAGGGGCUCAGCCGCGCCGCGCCGCCAUUUCCUCCUCGCAACCGCUCCGGAGCGCUGGGCGGGGGCCGCUCCUCCCCCGCUACCAUAGACACCGACAUGGCGGCCAACCGCCGCCUAGAGCGCCCACCGCGCCUCGCUUUGCGCACGGCUCCCGGAGGACUCGGGCCCUCGCCGGCUCCGCCUCACGGCGAGGGGCUGGGCGGGAAAAGCGCAGGGCCCGGUCCGGGACCUCCAGCUCUCGUUCCUCACCCGUUCAUCGGGCCCUCGGCUCCACAGAGACCCUGCCCCACAAGUUUCCCGUCCCCUCAGCUCCUGCCCCACAAAUAAUCCGGCCCCUCAGCUCCAGGACACCCGGGGGCAGCGUGAGGCGCCCCGUUCUCCUCAGCAGAAAAGCGUUGCGGGGUUAACAUGGCUGCUGCUUGUCCUCAUUAGAAAUAGCGGGUGUGUUACCACACGGGAAUGGCGGUUUUGUGCCCUGUUCAUGAGGCCCCGAGUGCCAGAGCAAAACCACGCUAAAUACUCUUGCUCACAGUGGCUUGCAGUGCAAGCAUCCAGGGGUGCUCGAAACAAGGACACACCAAGGAAAAGGGAACAUGCAAAACAAGAAAUUGCACGCCAACAGUGAACAGGGGAUGCCUGCAACAGGGAAUUCAGCAGUGAAACGAGUAUUAAAAUCUUCUUAAACAUGUGGUAAGAGGCUUAUACCAUCUUAAUGUAAUAAUAAUUUUGCCUGCACACUCAGUGAAUACUAACUAAAGUACAUCACACUUUUAACCCACAAAAAAGAAAAAAUACAUCUUUGUGUUAAAGACUACCUUUUAACUAAGACCAUAGCAGAGUAUUUAUCUUUCCUGACUAAACACCUGUGUCUCCUUUGCUUCAGUGGUAUCCUCAGCACCUCAACUCUCUGCCUCAUUCCUUUCCCUUCCCCAAUCUUUUCCUGUAUUAAAGCCUAUUUUCCCUUAAUUUAGGAAAUUUACUCCUGGGUUACUGGUUUGAAUCUGCAUUGUCCUGGCAACACACAGAAACAGCUUUUUUGAUGAUCUCUAUAAUUCAUAUUUUGUCUUGGUUUAGGCAUCCCCUUACAUAACAUGAUCAUAGCUUCUAACUGGUUUGAACUGAAAACACCACUGAGAAAUCCUAGCAGAAAGAUUAAUGACUAUCAAUCAGCUUCUAAAAUGGUCUAAUAAGCACCUUAUCUAUCUCUCCUUCUUAAGUACCGGAAAAGCUUACGCUAAGAUGUCUACAGACAUCAGCACUACUCUCCUUAAAACUUUUUUCCACUGCUUUCCAAAAUCUUUUCUACUAUUAUGCACUCAAUGCACCGAGACUUUCUUCUUCAGCUAAUAGACCUGUAUUUGUUUAUCCCUUGAGUUUCCCUAAUUGUCAUUUUCCAUUUAAAAAAAAAAAAAAAAAACUGUGUGCUGUAUUUAUGUUGUCUCACAAAAGACUAUUUAGGCACUACCAUAAAACUAUUAUUUUGAACAGGCACUAAGGCACCCGUGCAACAUGAAGAUGAUGUCUCCCCACAUUUGGGUUCAUAUGGUGGAAAAAAGCACACGGAUGUCACUUUUACUCUCUCCAGCCUUUCCCUUCACCAAGACAGUAACCUUUUUCAGUGUUUAAAGUCCUAAAAGAUG